AUGGACUCGAGAAUUGUAAACGAGAGUUAUUCAGACAGCACACUUGACAAUGAAAUUGCCGACCUAGAGCGAAAGCUAGCAAUUGCCAAAGCCAAGCGUCCUCAACAACUCACCCCUCACUCUCAUUCAUCGCCAACAAACUCAACCCCACCCCUCCUCGCAUCCCUCCACGACACCAGCUUCCACUUCCUCCUGCUCCUCUCCGACUCAGCCCUGCCCCUGGGCUCCUUCGCCUUCUCAUCCGGGCUCGAGAGCUAUUUAGCCCACCAGAAACUCGUCUCGCGCCAGCCAACCUCCUUCGCCUCCUUCCUGCCUCUGUCCAUCUCCUCAUACGCGUCCACGACCCUGCCCUUUGCCCUGGCCGCCCACCGCGACCCGGCGUCCCUCGCCACCCUGGACGACGCACAGGACGCGACCAUUGUGUGCACCGUCGGCCGCCGGGCCUCGGUCGCGCAGGGCCGGGCGCUGUUGGGCAUCUGGGAGCGGUCCUUUGCCGGCACUAACACUAGCAUUCCGGGUACGGGGGUGAUGGAUGGGAAAGGGGAGGGAGGAGAAGGGCAAAGACAGAGGGAAGGGCUGGAAGCGCUCCGGGCUUUCUCCGCCCUCCUCAAGACCUCCUCCUCAUCCACAUCCACAUCCACAUCCACAUCCACAUCCACAUCCACAUCCACAUCCCCACCCUCCUCAACUGCAACAGCGGCAGCAGCCCACGAGACGACCACGUGCGCAAACGACCCCCUCCCACCGCCAGCAGCCUCGGCGCACCUUGCACCGCUAUUCGGGGCCAUCUGCCGGGUGGUGGGUCUCAGCCUGGAGCAGACGGCGUACAUCUUUCUGCUGGGCCACGUCAAGGCGCUGGUGUCGGCGGCGGUGCGGGCGGGCAUGUUUGGGCCGUACCAGGCGCAGAAGACGCUUGCCUCGGGAACGGUGCAAGGGCUGGUUUCGGCCAUGAUUGAGCGCGAGUGGGAGACUAACGUCGAGGAGGCGGGCCAAAACGUGCCUGUUAUGGACUUGUGGGUUGGCAGGCAUGAGGUGUUGUAUUCGAAGAUAUUUAAUAGUUGA